AUGACCCAUCGUACUUCAACUGGUUUUACACCAUAUAGGUUAGUUUAUAGGAAAGCAUGCCAUUUGCCUAUCGAACUUGAGCAUAAAGCAUUGUGGGCUUUGAAAACUUGCAAUUUUGAUGUUGUUGAUGCAAGUAAAUAUAGAUUGUGGCAGCUUAACAAGUUGGAAGAGUGGCAUAACCAAGCAUAUGGCAACUUCUUAAUCUACAAGGAGCGCACCAAGAAGUGGCAUGACAAGAAGAUAAGCACCAUGGAGUUCCAAGUUGGGGAUAAUGUGUUAUUAUAUAACUCACGACUUCGACUCUUUCUUAGGAACCUAAAGAGCCAUUCAUCAAGACUGUUCAUCGUCCAACAAGUUUUCCAGUAUGGCAUAGUGGAACUGCACCAUUCAGAUAAAGAAAACUUCAAGGUCAUUGGGCAUAGGUUGAAGCAUUACUAUGGUGACUCAUUGGAGCUCGAGGAGCGAGUCAACCUUGUACUAUAUCAACAAGAGUAG